AGGGAGGGGAAAGCCGGGUGGACCCAGGUGGGUGGCCCUUCAGUCCACCCAUUUAAGGGACUGCCCCUGCCUUCUUCUUCUUCCCCUCCCCCUUCACCUGGCUUUUAAGGGGCCGGGCCCAGAACUCUGCUUCUUAAAGAGAAGUAGCGGCCAGCAGCAGCUGCGCUAGACUCUCUGGAUUGAGUGCACAGGGCAAAAACUCUGGCCAUGACCUGGUACGGGCUGCCCACGCAGCCGCUGCUGAUGUUCCUAAUGCUGUUGUUCGCUGCAAGUUCAGGUUCUGCCUUAGCGGGGUGCCCCGGCUGCGGGCCGGGAGUGCAGACUGGCUGUCGCGGAGGCUGCGUGGAGGAGGAAAACACGGGGUCGCCUGCAGACGGCUGUACAGAAGCCGGAGGCUGUCUCAGGAGAGAGGGGCAACUGUGCGGGGUUUACAUCCCUAAGUGCGCCCCAGGACUGCAGUGCCAACCCAGAGAGAACGAAGAGACACCUUUGCGUGCGCUGCUGAUCGGCCAGGGCCGCUGUCAACGCGCCAGAGGGCCGUCGGAGGAGACUACAAAGGAGAGCAAACCCCACGGAGGUGCCUCCCGCUCACGUGACACGAGCCACAGAGACCGGCAGAAGAAUCCACGGACCUCCGCCGCCCCUAUAAGACCCAAUCCUGUUCAAGAUAGUGAGAUGGGCCCCUGCCGCAGACAUUUGGAUUCAGUACUGCAGCAACUCCAGACUGAGGUCUUCCGAGGCGGAGCACGCGGGCUCUACGUGCCAAACUGUGACCUCAGGGGCUUCUACCGAAAGCAGCAGUGUCGUUCCUCGCAGGGGAAUCGCCGUGGUCCAUGCUGGUGUGUGGAUCCUAUGGGCCAGCCUUUGCCAGUGUCUCCAGACAGCCAAGGAAACUCUCAGUGCUCUGGCAGGAGCAGUGGGUGAAGCCCCCCCCCCCGGGGGGAGCCUCCAGGACACCAGCCGGAGUAUGGGGCUGUCCUCUGAGCUAUAUGUGAAGCCCCAAGACCCACCUUCAGGCUCUGCCCCGUUGUCCCAGUCACCCUUGGGCCUUUACACAGCUAGUUAGAAAGAUUGUUGUUGGCCUGUGUACUAAUAAAGCUAGUCCUGGGGGUCUCAGGCUCA